UGUCAUGUGACGAAAAAAAUGUCAACAUCACCGUGCACAGUGCAACGAAACCAACGAAUUUACCCCGGAAAAUUUGUUUUUCUUCAUGUACAAAAAUGAACACGUUUUAAUACUGCUCUGUGGAAGUAAAACUGUAUGCUAGGUAUCCAUUUUUGGGGCUGUCACUGCACAGGAUGGCUGCACCUCACAGUGGCCAGUCCUCCCUUGUACACAGCUUGGCCACACUGCUCCGAAAUGAUGGCGACUUGGUGCUGGGCGGCACCAGCACUCUGACCUUGCCUGCGGCCAGCUUGCAGCAGCUCACCAGGCUGUUUGAACAGCACUUGCUGUCCAGAAGCCAGCAGCAUGGCUUCCUUGCGCUGCCCUCCCACCCUGCUGACACUGAUUCUCUGCUACAGCUGCAGUUCCUGUUUGACAUCCUGCAGAAGACCAUCUCCCUUAAGCUCAUCAACCCACCAGGGGCAAGACUUCAGUCUGUGGUGAAAAUCUUCCCGUUCAAGUCUUUAAAGUGUUUGGAGCUGAAGCGAGUGCCUCCACACUGUCUCGAGGGACUCCGCGGAGUUUACUCCCAGUUGGAGGUCUUUACAUGCUCAAAGAGCCUCAGCUCCCUGGAGGAGCUGCUUUCCCUGUGUGGAGGUGACCUGAGCUCUGCACUGCCUUGGCUUGAACUGCACACCCUCAACUUUAGCUACAACUCCAUUGUUUGCCUUGACCAGUCACUAAGUUUACUGAACGUCCUGAAGUCUUUAGAUUUAAGCCAUAACAAGAUUCAGGAGUGUGCUGAGUUUCUCAAGCCCUUGAGUGAACUGGCACACUUGAACCUGGGCUACAAUUGCCUGCAGAGGGCGCCAAUGCUGGGCCUGAGUGCCAGAGCCAAACUCCUCACACUCAUCCUCAGGAACAACGAGCUGGAGACCAUUAACGGUGUGGAGCAGUUGUCCUCACUCCAGCACUUAGACCUGGCCUACAACCUCCUGUUGGAGCACUCCCAGCUGGCUCCUCUCUCCCUGCUGCACUGCCUCAACACACUUAGCCUGGAGGGCAACCCGCUGUACUUCCAGAAGACCCACCGCACCUGCACCGUCCGACAUCUCUCCCCAAAGGCCGCAAACCUCAGACUUAAACUCGAUGGUUCCCCACUGUCCUCAUAUGAAUUAUCAGUUCUGCCAAAACCAGGCCAGCUGAUCGCCCAGGUACAGACUGCACCUCCUGUUGCCAUGCCACCAGAACGGGGUAACCAGGAAGGGUCCAGUGGUGCAGGGGAGCUCAGUGACAGCAUGUCAGUUGAAGUGGGAGUCUCACGCAUUCGGAGGAGGAAGAGUAAGGUGAAAGUGCGGAGGGCCAGCAUAUCCGAGCCCAGUGAUACAGAUUACGAGCCCAGGCAACUUUCCUCCUCACAGAGCCUUGUCCUUCCCCACCAGCAGGAGAUUGAGCGCAUGUCCAGCUUUAGAGAUCAGCUGGGUGAGGACUGGCUGAGGUACCAGCACCAUCUCGAUGGAGCUCCCUCCUCUACCAUCACCACCACUGUCAACACCAACCAACCAGCUUCUCACCCUCAACCCCUCCCCAAUGGCCUGAACACCACCACACAUCCGUCCAUCAGCUCUGCUGAAGUCCCAGAGGUCUUCCCCGAACCGCUGCUCUCAUCUGAGCCCAGACUGGAGACGUCUGUGGAUGCAGAGCUGGAAACAGAGUCUACCCUGCAGUGGCCCGGUCAUAGCUCCACCUUGGAGGAGAACACGGUGGAUGGAGUAGUGGCAAGCCAGGGAGCGGUGAGCUUACCUGGACCGAGUCCGGAGUCACAAAGGUCGCUGAGAGGGCAGAGAGGAGACACUAAGGAGGAGGAAGUGGAGGAGGAUCUGGGAGUGGACCUGUGUCACCCCCUACUUGUGGGAGUUUUAUCUGACCAAGAGGAAGAAGACGGUGAGGGCCAGGAGGAGAGGAGGAAGAGGAGGAGGGAGGUGUUCCUGUGCAUCAAACAGGGCCUGUUGCUAGAGGUGGACACCCAGCGCGGUCGGGAAAGAUGCCGCCUGGAGCUCAGCAGCCUGGCUCGGGUGGAGGCCACAGAGGCUGCCUGGACCCGAGGGGAGACAGAAGAGAUGCUUCCAGCUGUGGAGCUUCAGUUCGCCUACAUCAGCAGGGAGAAACAGAGGAGACGCUACGUCCUGCUUGAUGAUGACCCACACCAGGCACUGCAGGCUCUGACUGACGUGCUGACUCCUGUGGCGGAGGAAAACCAGCAGCGUGACUUUGAGCUCCGCCCCAGCUGCGUUCGCCUGCAGUGCCUUCGCUGCAGGUCAGAGUUCACGCUUAAGGGAGAGGGCAGUGAAGAGGAGGCAGGAGGGAGAGGGAGGAGGAGAGGGGCUGCACUGCUACCAGAAGGUGUGGAGGAACAGAAUGAGGAGGAGCUGACGGAGGUCAAUGAUGACAGCAAAGGUAAUAUUUGUCCUGAAUGUGGUAGUGAUCAUGUGGUCCAGCUGGCUGGCCAAUCCACUCCCUACUGCAGUACGCCCAUCAAGCGCUCAUCAGGGCCGGAGAGUGAGGACGAUCAUCUUGAUAUAAACCAGAGCACUCCGAGUGCCAAUAAGGAUGAUUACACAGAUGGCAGUAUCAGCAGUAGUCCCAUCAUCGAAACUGCUGCUACUACACAAGACCCCACCUUCAUCACUGCCCAGGGAAGCUCCUUCUUCAUCGGGGAUGGUCAGGGUGAUGAUUUGUCCAACCUGUCCUACAACAUAGAGUGCCAAAGUAAAGAAGAUCUGGCUGGGAGCUACCGAUACACCCCGACUGGUGCUACGCCACCUGAAGUCACAGCCCAGCCUGCAGGAAGAUCCACUCCGAAUGAUGAUUUGGACCUGCUGUCUGAGGACUACGAGGCGGUGGACCAUCGGCUACAGCUUUUCCUGGAUGUGGAAGUGUUUGAGGAGGAAGAGGAGCUUCACUCUUUCCUCAAGAUGUCAGCUGUCAAAUUUGGGGAGCCAGGCGAAGUUCCAUCGUUGUUGGUGGUGUCAAACAAGCAAAUCUAUAUCUUGGAAUUGACAUCAGAAACCCACAGAGGCCAGCUCUCCGAUUGGCUGCAGAAGAAGGACAGCCACCCAAUCAUGGAGCUCAGCUACCUGGAGGUGGGACUGGGCUCUCAGAGCAUCCACAUGGAGUUUGGUGACGGGGGAGUGGCCUACACGCUCCUCGUUAGGGACAGUUUACGCUGCAAACGCUUCUUUGGCCUCUUGACAGGAAUAGUGCGAGAGAUGGCCCACAAAUCAGACAGCAAGCUGAACUCCAUCUCCACCACAAGACUCACCGCUCAGCACCAUCUCUGGCCUCUGGUGUGUGACGACAUCCAGGCAGAUGUGGAGGACGGCCAGCUGCAGUUUUUCUACAUUCUGGCUUUUGUUCUGCAAGAGGACCUUUGGACUCCACUGACAGUCCUGGCAACCCGGGAAACCCUGUACCUGCUCAGAGAGGACCACCAGUGGAGGAAAACCUCAAUCGACCCGACAGUGAAUGAAAGCAAAGAACCGAGCAGCGGGAGCGUUACCAUUUUAGAAACGCUGCCAAUCAGCUGCGUGAGCUCAGUCCACCUUUGGCCUUCAGAUCAGUGCAGGAUGGAUAUUAAGCUUUACGAUGAGACGGUGAAACAGGAGAAGAUGUGGUGUGUGCGCUCGGAGAGCACCGAGCUCCUCCAGGGUCUGCUGGCCUGGGUCAGAGCACAGUGGGAGACCAUGUUCGGAGUGAAACUGCACACAACCCUGCAAGACAAAGCAGCAUGAUGGGGGAGGGCAUGAAAAAAGUUACAGACUGUGUGUGUGUUUUGUGAGCAUGAAUCUGUGUGUUGGUACGGGGGAUUGUUUAGUGAGCGUGAGCAAGUUUGUCUUUAUUUUCUCUCCGCGCAGUCUGCACUCAGUCUGGUCCCAUUAUGCUCGUUGCUUUCAUCAUCUUUUCAGCCAAGAACUUGGAAAUGAUUGCACUCAUUCAUGUGGCACACAAGCCUGUAAAAGCGCUGGUUGCAUAAUUGUUUAUCCUCCAGAUACCAUCCUGCUUUGUCUACAGCUGAAAUGGAGUGUGCCUUGUUUUGUUUUUUAACGGCCGCCAUGUUUUCAUGUUGAAAUGUACCUUAAAGGGAAAUUUCGGUUUAUUUCAACCUGUCUCCUAUCGUCCUAAAUUUGUUUCAAGUGACUAGUGACAUAAAAA